AAAGAAGCCUAAGUCUGAAUUUGUGUGUGUAUAUGUGACUAUUUUAUUAUUAUUAUUUGGAUUACAUGCAUUAGUGUCGUUAGGUAAACAUUGAUGUUCCAUAUACAAAUAACAACAUACAGCUGUUUGCAUUUUUUCCGAUAAGACUCUUUCAGUCUGUUUACAUUCACUGUUGCUGUGUGUUCAAACCAUUAAAUCAGGGAUGUGAUCAUCAGCGAUUAACUAUAUACAAAAGUGAAAUUUGAAUGUGAUUGAAUGAAUCUUUCCAUCAAGACUAUUCAAGAAAGAAGGUGCUUUGUGGUUUUUUGUGCGUUUUACGAUAUAAAAUUAUCUUGGCAAGGUAUUGCUUUCUAAUGAUAAUAUUAAAUUUAUAUGAAAGUAGAUAUGAAAAACGAUUAAACACAAUAUCAUUGGAAAUUUUAAGUUAAAAAUAAAGUAGUGCAAAAAAAUGGGUGGUUACGCCAGUAGAUUUAUUUUUAAUAUGUCAAAUAUCGCGGUGAAUUCCGUAUAUCGAGGCAGAAAAAGAAAAUGUAUUGAAGAAGAUGAAUUAAAUUCAGAAUCGGACUUCAUCGACAGAACAAUGCAAACACCAAAAAGGAGAAAAUUGUUAACAACAGCACAAUACAUUUACAAGACCUUGUUUUUGGAGGAAAAGGGCAGUGAUAUCACAGUUCUUAUUUUAGGAAGAGCAUGGAGAUUACACAAAGUUUACAUCAGUCAAAGUCCCUACUUCUGUAGCAUGUUUUCUGGAUCCUGGAGGGAAACAAAUGAAAAAGUGAUUAGCAUUCCAAUUGCUGACUCAAACAUCACUUUAGAUUCAUUACAGAUGGUCUUGGGAUCAUUUUAUCAAGACGAAGUUACUCUUGAACCAAAAGAUGUAGUUUCUAUAUUGGCGACUGCAACCCUUUUUCAACUUCAAGGUCUAAUUGAUCAGUGCACGGAAAUAAUGAUCGAGACCUCAAAUAUCAAGACUGUAGUUCCUUAUUACAAUGCUGCCGUUUCUUACGGAGUGUCUCCUGUAAAGUCUGCAGCAAAGAAAUGGUUGGAAGUUAAUUUGUUGAUAUAUGGAUGGUUGCAUCCAAGUUUUCUGAGAGAAAUUACUUCGGAACUGAUGACUGAACUUAUCUCCAGUCCUGGAUUGGUUGCCAUGCAAACUGAAUUUUGCGUUUACAUGAUGCUACGAGUAUGGCUGUUUGUGCAAAUUAGUAAUAAAGAGGAAACGGUGCAAAUUGAUGAAUUCUUUAAGAAUCACACAUGGACGGAGCCUUUUUUAGGGACGGAAGAUGGGAAAAAUUACAUCACUCCAUUUAAAGCAUUAAGAUACAAAUAUCUGUUAUUACAUGAUCAAGACGUAAAUAUUCUAAAUAGUGAUAAUCUAAUACCGCAAGAGUGGCUGUACGACGCUUAUAAAGAACAGUGGUUACAUCUGUUGCGCAUUGAUGCCAACAAAGACAGAGGACCAAAAUCGAUAAGUGACGAGGAAUUUUCAAAAGAGUGCUUCCGUUGCGGCAGAUGCGUAGACAGACCAGGUGAACAUGUUUGGAGGUGGACUGCCUUUCAUUUUGGAUUAGACCUCGUCGUUUACUUGGAUACCACUUCACUUAAAAUUAAGAGAAAUCAUAGACUAGACACAGAUAACAUCAAGGCCAAUCACAGCUUACAUAAUAUAAUAUUAAGGGUUCGUCUAAUAUCACUUAAUGAACAAAGGCAAAUAAAUCACAUGCAAGACUCGGGAAUGCUUAGACUUUCUCUUCACAAAAACGAAGAGAAACAGGUAAUGAUUCUUGACAAACAACUGACUUAUCCUCUAAGUGUUUCCGUAAAUAUGCAAGUAGUUACCCCUUUCUUGACCAACGAGGAAGAAAAAUCAACAACAAUAACAAUUGUUUCGGAUACAUAGCUAAUGGUGGAUCUCUUAGCUUUUUAAAUAACACAUUAUAAAUUUAAUAUCAAAAAAUCAUUUUCAUUUAAAAUGAGAAACGGAAAAAGUGUUUUUUUUCUUGUAAAUUACAUUUGUCAUAAAGUGAAAAAAGCACACGAAAAACAUUACCUCAACUUAUGUAGAUAUAUACAUAUUCAAUAGUAUAAUGUAUAUAUUUAUAUAUACAAAUGUUUAUUUAAAGUGAGAAAAAUGAGUUUUUAAUUUUAACUCAUUCGCAUAAUCUGAUGCUAAAAUAAUUUAUGUAAAAUGUACAUAAUGAAAUUGUUUAUUACUUAAAUCGCUUCUACAAAUAAUUGACUGAUUUUAAGUUGAAUCGAUAAUUUGAGUUUCACGAAAAAAAUUACUUGUUAACAUUUAAAAUGUACACAGGAAUUUUUCAUAUCGUGUGUAUUAUCUCUAAAGGUAAUUUGUGCAAUUAACAAAACUAGUCUAAAGAUCGUUAAUAUUUUCAUGUAAACAGCGAAAAUAUUAAUGCACAAUAUUAAGAAAUGUUUCAAAGUAUUCAGAGUAAACCCGCGUAUCCGUUUUCCCGAAUGUUAAAAUUUUAUAGAGCUGCCAUAUUUUUCAACAUGUGUUCUAGAAGUACAAUUUUUCAUGUUUAAAAAGAUGUCGAAAGUUAACUUUUUCCUAAUUAAUCGAGAGUUAUUGAAGUACUCAUUGCUACUCGACUGGUAUUAUCUCAAUUGUCACUAAUUCCAAACUAUGAAAAUAUUAGGAAAUUUUUAAUAAAACUAAACACAUUUGAAAGAAACAAAUUUCGGGAGAAUUGAUUCGUGAGAUUGUUCAGAAAUCGUUUAAAUCGUAAAUUCUUAACGGUGCGAACAACUUUUAUUUUAAGAAGUAUGUAGUUUAGUUUCAUUUUCAAGGUGAAAUUUAUACUUUACAAAUUGCUAAAAUCUUGAAAAUUUCAUAUUUUAGACACAGUGUUGUUAAAAAUUGUUCCAAUUAAGCAUUGUUUAUUAGUACAAAAAUUCUUUAGUUCACAAAAACUCGAAAGCUCAGGCUUAUCGAAAACUGUCAACUGUCUACUCAAUUAAAUGUGCAGGUCUCGGAUAGAAUAAGUUUUUCGAUUUUUUUUACUAUUUUUUCAAGAAAAGGGGACUUUUUUGGCUUAUUUUCAAAAAAGCGACUUUUUCGAUUUUUCUUCCAAAUAAGUAUUACAACAAAAUGCUACGUUUUUUUAUAGAAAAAUGUAACCGAAAAACUAGUAAUGCACUUCGAGCGAGUCUCGUGAGAAAAAUCGAGAAUCUCGUGAAAAAAACAAUGAAAACAAUUGAAUGUAAUAUUUGCAUCUCUUUUCUUUUAUGAAAGGACAGAGUCUCGUCGUGCAUCUCUACAAAAAACCAUGUUUUUCAAAGAAUUUCGAUAAAUUUUUGUUUAAAAAAUAUUUGAAUACUUAUUGCUAUUUCUUUGACCACUAGGAAUUAAAAUUUUAUAAUACUUUCAAUGUAAAACUGGAAAUUUUUUUUCAAAUCAAUUCUUAU